AUGGCGUCCGCAAUCCACAGAUGCCAGCAUUGUGGCUAUGAGACGGAUCUCUCAAGCAAUCUGGCAGUGUUCGAGGACAAUCCACACUGCAGACAGUGCGGACUAUCGGCCUACGAGAGCGACAUCAAGAUGCAGGACGACCUGAUCAACAUGAUGGCACGUAACCUUCAAAUCAGCCCUCUUGGACACCAGCACGACUUGUCUAUGCCCCCGACGCCGCAGGUUGUUCCUGAGCCGGAACCGAUCACCUACAUCUCGCAACAUUAUCACCAUUCAGCACACCAAGUCCCAUUGCACGACCUCCCCGUGUCUACCAUCCUUGAGAAGGCUGGUAUUAACGCUGCGGCCCUGUUCCCUUCCCAGUUGCAACUGUUCAAGAAUGCACAGCCUGAACAAAGGUUGAGGUUGAUAGAGCUCUGGCAAAUAGCUCCCCCUACAUAUGGAAACCAGAUGCACCCAGAUGACAUGGCAAAUUGGCCGCAGUCAAGCAUGGAAAAGGAAGAGGAGGCUGCAAAGUAUCGUCUGAAGGGGACUGAACAAGAGAGACAACCGAAGCAUGACAAUCGCAACAAUGCUGAACCGUACAUGUUGCAAGGCUACGACACAUUGCCUAAUAUCAACGGGGUGGCGGCGCCUAUGCAGGAUGGGUCUAACACUGCCAAAAUAGCAGAAUACCGCCAGUCAAAUGAUCCGGCGUACAAGAGUCGGGAGUGGUGGAACUUCUCAGGCGAAGCUGAACCGAUGGAGCAUCAGUAUGGCAUGCUUCAGCAAAUGUACGGGUUUUUCGACUACUCGACGGCAAGACGAAAUGACGGCGAUGCGGAGAUGUCCUGA